CUCUGGGAGUUAUCAUCCGGCCACUCUUUACCCAAUACCACCACCACGAGAAUGGGGUUUCCACCACUGAAGAACGAUCUAUUGCUGCGUGCUGCUCGUGGUGAGAAGACAGAACGCGCCCCGGUAUGGGUAAUGAGGCAAGCUGGGCGGUACCUACCAGAAUUCCGUGAGGUCCGCAAAACGCAUGAAUUCUUCGACAUCUGUCGGACUCCAGCGCUUGCGACAGAGAUCACCGUCCAACCCAUUCGCCGAUAUACGGGGCUCUUGGAUGCUGCCAUUAUUUUCUCUGACAUCCUCGUUAUUCCACAAGCGAUGGGCAUGGAAGUCCUGAUGAACCCGGGUCCCGAGUUUCCUGACCCAUUAUCCACCCCAGCCGAUAUUGCCAAGCUUCGCGACGUUGUCGAUGUCAACAAGGAACUGGGCUACGUUUUCGAAGCACUAACGCAGACACGUAUUGCUUUGGCGGGGGAAGUCCCGCUUAUCGGCUUCUGUGGUGCUCCUUGGACGUUGUUCGCGUAUAUGGUCGAAGGUGGUGGAAGCAAGACCUUCCAAAAGGUGAAGACAUGGAUAUUCAAGUAUCCAGAAGAGUCGAAAGCCCUUCUCAUACGCAUUGCCGAUGUCUGCAUCGAUUUCUUGGUGGGCCAGGUCAAAGCCGGAGCUCAACUCCUCCAAGUGUUCGAUUCAUGGGCUGGCGAGCUCUCCCCUCAUGACUUUGACACCUUUUCCCGCCCGAGUCUGGAAUAUAUCGCUCGUGGCGUACGAGAACGAUUGGGGGCUGACAGAGUUCCGAUGACUCUGUUCGCCAAAGGUGCCAAUUACGCUCUUGCAUCUCUUGCCGAGUCUUCUGGCUACGAUACGCUGGGUCUGGACUGGCUUGUCGACCCGUUAGAAGCUCGCCGUCUUGUUAACGACAAGGUCGCCCUCCAGGGUAAUAUGGACCCGGGCGUGCUUUACGGCGGACGAGAGGCCAUAGAGGCCACAGUCAAGCGCAUGUGCGAUGGCUUCACCGCAAACGGUGGCUGUCGAGCAUGGAUAGCAAAUCUAGGCCAUGGAAUCACUCCUGGCGUUGACCCAGAGGACCUUCGCUGGUUCUUUGAGUGUGUUCACAAGUACUCGGCGCGGACGUAA